AUCCUGCUGGCUCAGCGAUCAAAGGGACCACCUUCUGGUGACGGACCAGUUUCUCGUGAUCGGUUCUAUCGCUGUGAGAUGAAAGUGAUGCGGGACAAUUAAACAAGAAGUGAGCUCAUGUUGAUGCACUUCAGUGACAGUUUCUUCCCACACAGAUAAGAUGCUGAGCGUUACUUGCUUUAUUCUCUAUUUGGUUUGGUCUGCUGGAAGUGAUCGGGUAUCUGAGAAAAGAGGAAAAUUGGGUAACUUAGGGGAACAAGACAAAACGACACAAGAAGAGGAAGUGUCUAGAAUCAAGAGUUGCCACAUACGUAUGUUCCCCUCAGCACAGGAAUAGGAAGUAUGAAGAGGACAGAAAAAAACAAAUCCACUUCUCAACGUGACCCAACUGCUGCAAGCUUAAACCACAGGAGUCUUUUAACUGCUGCAGGUGCACCCAAAGUAACUGCAUGUUGUUGUGAGAAGGGGGUUUCUGAAGAACUUCUAUUGUAAAAUAUGAGCGCCUCACUGGAGAGGACUACAGACUGUCCCUUGCCAAUUGUUGGAGAGGACUCCAGCAUAGAUGAGGACAAAGAAAACCCGACAGGCUUGACUGAGUUUCACUGGGAAGAUGGAGGACUGCCAGUGGAGCUUCAGAGAGGCAUGGAGACCCUCCGAGUGAACAGGGAACUAACCGACAUGGUGCUUUGUGUUCAGGGACACGACUUCCCCUGCCACAGGGCCGUACUCGCAGCUGCCAGCCAGUACUUCAGGGCGAUGUUUUGCAGCGGUCUGAAGGAGAGUCAUGAAGAACGCGUAGAAAUAAAGGGGUUGGACAGUGAGACAAUGCGCUUCCUUCUGGAGUAUACCUACACCAGCCGAGCCCUCCUCACACACUCAAAUGUUCAGAGAAUACUCGAGGCUGCCAGUCAGUUUCAGUUCCUGCGUGUGGUGGAUGCAUGUGCCGGCUUUCUGGGCAAGUCUCUGCAGUUAGACAGUUGCAUUGGGAUCCUGAAUCUUGCUGAAAGCCACGUACUGAUGGCCCUGAAGUCCAGGGCUCAGGACUACAUCACCUCUCAGUUCUCCCAAGUGGUCCAGCAGCAGGACUUCCUGGAACUGCCUGCGGAGUCACUGGAGACCAUCCUGCAGAGGGACGACCUCGAUGUGAAGUGUGAGGAGUGUGUUUUUGAUGCGCUCAUGCGAUGGGUGAGAGCUCGGCAGGAUGAACGCUGCCCUUCACUGGCGGGGCUGCUGUCACAUGUGCGACUGCCCCUGUUAGAGCCUGCAUACUUUGUGGAAAAAGUGGAGUCAGAUGAACUGAUUCGCCGCUGCAGUGAAGCUUUUCCUCUGUUGCAAGAGGCCCGCAUCUAUCACCUCUCCGGUAGUGAGGUGGUCUCUGAACGAACCAAACCGCGUGUACGGCACUUUCUAUCGGAGGUGUUCCUGAUAAUCGGAGGCUGCACUAAAGAUGAACGCUUCGUCUCCACUGUCACAUGCUUGGACCCUCUUAGACGCAGCAGGCUGGAGGUGGCCAGGCUGCCAUUCACAGAGAUGGAGGAUGAAUCCCAAAACAGAAAAUGGGUGGAGUUUGCUUGCAUUACCUUCCGCAAUGAAGUGUACAUAUCUGGAGGCAAAGAGACACAGCAUGAUGUUUGGAAAUAUAACGGCGCCCUGGACAAGUGGAUCCAGAUUGAAUCCCUGACAACAGGGCGCUGGAGACACAAGAUGGCAGUUCAUGGGGGGAAGGUGUACGCACUGGGUGGAUUUGAUGGAAAUCAGAGGCUCGCCAGCGUAGAGGCCUACGAUCCCUUUCACAAUCGCUGGACACAGGUGACACCUCUUGCUGUAGGCGUGAGCUCCUUUGCUGCUGCAAGCUUUGACAGGUGGAUCUAUGUGAUUGGAGGUGGGCCAAACGGAAAGCUGGCAACUGAUCAAGUCCAGUGCUGGGAGCCUGGGACAGACUCCUGGGAACUGCGGUCGCCCAUUCCCAUCGAAACCAAAUGCACUAACGCAGUCACAUUCAAGAACUGCAUCUACAUUGUUGGUGGUGCCAUGCAUGCCAUGUACUGCUACUCGCCACUGUCGGACUCCUGGUCCCUUGUGAGCCGUCUGGGGGAGAGGGCAAGCUGCGCCAUCGCUGCCUGCAACAACAAACUCUUCAUCACCGGGGGACGGGAUAACAAGAACCAAGUCAUCUCCACAGUGAUGUGCUGGGAUGUUGAUCGAGGGGUGUUGACGGAGGAGUGUGUUUUACCCAUGGGAGUGUCGCACCACGGAAGUGUGACGCUGAUGAAGUCCUACACACACAUACACAGAAUAACACCUGCUUCAGAGUGCCAGUGACACAGGACUGUGUGAGCGGGACAUUACUGUUGCUGUGAGAACAGUGGGGAAAGAGUGAAACAAAGUGAUGAACACUUUUUUUAAAAAAAAAUUGUUACUGUGUUAAUUUUAUGCUACUUUAUGACACUCUACUACAAAUAAAUCAUUAUGUUUGAGCAGUAUGAUGUGGCAUGUGUUAAAGCUUAACACAGAUGGACACAUAACUGGAAUAUGAAACUUUCAAAACCAGUAAAUAAAUUGUUUUCUGUUUUUUUACAGUUAAAAUGAUAACUAUAAAGAAUAUAAAAACAUAACAAGCCAUUUAACAGUGCUGGCAGAAUGCAAUUAAUCUGUGUAGGUUAAGAACUAAAAAUAUGCACUUCAACACUAGAUGUGACUUUCAUGAGGGAACCAAAGCCCCGGAGCACCUGGUGUUUUUAUUCUCUCUCUCUCUCUCUCUCUCUCUCUCUCAAACGCACACACACACACACACACACACACACACACACACACACACACACACACACACACACACACACACGGCUCUAUCUUCCUGUGGACACCGCCAUCAAGUGGUGAAAACAACUUCAAAAAAGGAAAAAAAACAAUCAGAUUUAAACAUAUGAAGAAAAACCUUAAAUUUAAUCCAACAAACAAGUAUUGGACUGUCCUGCAAACGUGGCUGCUUUAUACUUUUAUUUCUCUACAAUAGAAGUUCAGCGGCAUAUGUUACACUUUUACACACUGACUGCUUUGUAAAUUCAGAUUGAUAAUGCAGAUUAUAAUAGACAAUAUCACCAACAGAUUGUAAUAUUACUAUGAGAGCAUGUUUGGUCCCCAGGGAGGAGCUGUGCAGCAGUAGUCUAUAUGGAAACAAACUAAGUAAAAGUAGCACCGCAAGUGAUGAACACAUAAAUGCAUCCAGUAACAGCCUAUAUUAUUCUGAAAUGGGCCAUUGUGUACAAUGAGUGCUUUUAAAUUUGGUUUAUUUUUAUGUUAAUAUUUUGUCUUUUAAUGAAAUAACACUUUAAA